UGGAAGUCGGUAGCUACGUCCUCAUACAAAUCAUACUGUCAGUCAAAGUUGUGGUUUGUAGAUUAAAAAGGAAGAAAUUGCGGAUUUUCAGUCGCGCUAAUCUAUUCGAGGUGAUCCGGAAGGUAUAACGUGUUUAUCGUAAUGUUUCUACGCGUUUGGAGAUGAACGGGAUCGCCGCGGUAUGGAAAACAAACUUUAUACUGUAAUCAUGGGCUUGUCACUCACUGCGUUGAUCUAUAGCAGUCGUUGCAUGUAUGGUUUCUAGCAUGCCACGCAGGCAACAGGCUUAUCUGCAAAAGAAGAACAGUGAAAGCACAUCUCACACGUGGACAAAAUCGUAGGAACUAUUUUUAGACAUGCCCAGAAAGUAAUAUUUAGUAAGAAUCCGAGAAUGAUGAAGCUGAGGAGAUACUUGAGGGGCAGUGGGAGGGUGCUGGCAUUCGUGUUCAUCGCAUCGAUCAUAUGGCUGCUGUUUGACAUGGCAGCUUUACGCAUGUCAAUAAACGACGUGAACAGUCAAAUGCUGAAGGAGAGAGUCAUCAAAGAGAGGGAGAUUUUCAAGCAACAGUCCAAAAUGUCUCAAGUGAUAAAGGGGGGAUUUGGACACCCAGUUCAAAGGGUCAUACCAAGCGUGAAACAAGCCAGUAAUGAAGCUAUGCAUGUUCAUGACUUGGCUGAAAAUGUGUACAGAGGGAGGAGAAAAGGGCAAAUUAUUACAGACAAGCGGGUGGAUUCUAAAGAAAAUGAUCCUCCAAAAAAAUUACAAACCGAAAAGCCUUCCAAAGUACGAGUGGAUUUGGACAUCAAUGAACAGCAUCAGUUGGAUUCCAGUAAACCUAAACCUAAACCUACUACAAAGACUGCUGCUAAAGUUGUUGUAGCUAAUGAAACCAAACUUCAGUCUAGCAUUCAAGAAGGUAAAAUAGUAGAACUUCCAAAGAAAAAAGAUGAUGUUGCACCAAAGCCACAAGGCAACUUAAACAUUGGACAAGCUAAGACAACCGCACAAUUUAAGGUUGAGAAAGAGAAAGAGCCACACCCUGUUAAAACAACUACCAAACCACCCAUUAAGGAUGUAAAAAGUCAGGUAAACAGGACAAUUACAGAAACGCAAGUCAAGACAGCUGUCAAAGAUGAAGCAGUAAAGGCGAAAGAAUUACUCCAAUCUGUGCCCAAACACCAGGAGAAAGUGGACCUCAAAGAAAAUGUCACGGUUGUUAGGAAAGAGCCAGGUGUCCAUAAAGUGCUUUCACUAGAUAUGACUCAGGCUCCCAGAAAUCCCAACGCAGUGGGCCAGUUCGGUCAUGCUGUUAUCCUGGGCGGCGAAGAGGAUGCAGAAGUGCAGAAGAGGUGGGCCGAGGGGCAUUUUAAUGUCCACUUAAGUGACCAGAUUCCCUUAGACAGAGCUAUCCCGGAUACAAGGCCUGAGACGUGUAAAGACAAUCUGGUCCACAAUGACUUACCUUCCACCAGUGUGAUCUUCUGUUUCGUGGAUGAAGUUUGGUCCACGCUUCUUCGCUCGGUGCACAGUGUUCUUAAUAGAUCUCCGCCGCAUCUCCUCAAGGAAAUUAUUCUGGUGGAUGACUGCAGCACCAGAGAUUAUUUGAAGGAGCAGUUGGAUAACUACAUGGCCCAGUUUCCCAAAGUUAAAAUAGUCCGUCUGAAGGAGCGUCAAGGUCUGAUCAGGGCCAGAAUGGCUGGAGCAGCAGUGGCCAAAGGUGAAGUUCUGACUUUCCUGGACUCACACAUUGAAUGUAAUGUGGGCUGGUUGGAGCCGCUAUUGGAGCGAGUCUAUCUGGACCGCAAGAAAGUACCCUGUCCAGUUAUUGAAGUCAUCAGUGACAAAGAUAUGAGUUAUGUUCUGGUUGACAACUUCCAGCGUGGUAUCUUCAAAUGGCCUUUGGUGUUUGGAUGGAGCCCUCUGUCUCAAGAUUACAUUAAGAAGCAUAACAUGACCAUAGCAGAUCCCAUCAGAUGUCCAGUCAUGGCUGGGGGACUCUUCUCCAUAGACAAGAGCUAUUUCUACGAGCUUGGUGCGUAUGAUCCCGGCUUGGAUGUGUGGGGCGGAGAGAAUAUGGAGAUCUCUUUCAAGAUCUGGAUGUGCGGAGGAGAAAUAGAGAUCAUCCCUUGUUCCAGAGUGGGGCAUAUUUUCAGGGGGCAAAACCCGUACAAGUUCCCCAAAGAUCGACAGAAGACAGUGGAGAGAAACCUGGCCCGGGUGGCUGAAGUGUGGCUGGACGAAUACAAAGACCUUUUCUACGGACACGGAUACCACCACCUGCUGGACAAAAACAAUAUUGACAUUGGCGACCUCAAAGACCAAAUUGAACUGAGGAAAAAGCUGAAGUGCAAGAGCUUCCAGUGGUACUUGGAAAACGUGUACCCAGACGCAGACGCCCCUGUAGUCAAAGCAGAGGGACUGGUGUUCAAUCAAGGUUUGAGAAAAUGUCUCACUCUCCAUAAAGGAUCUCUCCUCUUUGAAACCUGUGAUCUGAACCAGCAGAGUCAACACUUUAAUUACACUUGGUUGAGAAAUCUCCAGCAGCAGAACGUUUGCGUUGCCCCACAGAACAAAGAGGGCGGUGUUGGUUUAUUCUUGUGUGAGCGGGCCAAUGUACGAUUCCGAUGGAACCACAAACUGGGCAACUCGGCAUUGGGCGACCACUUCAUAACCGACUACACUGGCCGUCGCAUGUGUCUGGAGGCUGCACCCAAAGGAGACGAUGUCCUACUUCGACUAUGUGACCACAAUAGUGCUUUUCAGAAAUGGGAAUUGACACAUUACUUUGCCUAAUCUUCAGACUGGAAUGAACUGUGGUCCUACAGCUUCAAUGUAACUUGGAAUCGCUUUGGUGGUGGACUUUUCUGGGGGCUAUUUGUGUGAAUGGGAUUGUGCAAUGUUUUUAUUUGUUUUCAGUGGUGGAAUGUAACACAGUAAAAGUAGCAAUGAACUGUAAAGUGCAGAUACCUAGAAUUUACACUUCAGCACAUUUUACAGUGGAUAUUUUUUACUUUUACUUUUACAUUUGAGAGCCGAUAUCCGUACUUUCUAAUCCACAACAUGUUUGAACUGGAUUGAAAAGUAAAAGUAUUUUUUUUAUUAUAGUUUGAGACCUGCUGAAAAGGCGGAGCAUUCAUUUUUAACUAAUUUGUAGUUUGAGCUAACAAAAAUACAACAACAAAUAAAUCAAAUAAAAACAGCUAGAAGAAAUAUUGAUUCAGCUGUUUCUGCUGAACAAAAUUCAGCAAAAAUCUUUCUUAAAAUCACUACAUCUAAAGCUUUAUUAGAUUUCAAAGUACAACUGCAAUACUGCAAAAUACUUUUACUUUUUUCUCUUUAAGUGCAUUUUUAAACAGGUACUUUCCUACUUUACUUAAGUAGAUUCUUUCAUGUCAUACUUUUACUUUUACUUUAGUGUUUUGUUGUUUUUUUUUUGCUGCAGUAUCUGUACUUUUACUUAAGUAACAAAAUUGAAUACUUCUUCCACCACUGUUUGCUGUGCCUAAUGGAGAAACAAAAAUGCCUAUAUGUCCUUAAAAGACUGUUAGGGCCAUAGACUGUAUACAUAAAUGGACAUAGCAAACCCUUGAGCCGCAGUGUUCCAAACAGAAAUGAGCAUGGGGGUACUUCCUGCUUCAUCAACUCUGGCUUCAAUUGAGUUUACAUUGAAAAAUUGUCACUCUUUCUGUAACUGCUGCAGUGAGUCUCGUCAUUUUGGUCUUAAAAUGUCCUUAUUGACCCGUUCUACAUAGUUCUGGUGUUUUUAGUUUGCGAUUUUGUCUAUUCUUAAUAUGAAACCUCUCUCCAAAUUCACUCCUGUAACUGCCAGCCUCGAUGAGCUUCAUUUGACUGGAGCCAAACACUAUGGGUGACGUCACACUCCCUUAGUCCACUUCUUUAUACAGUCUAUGGUUAAGGUUAUGGUAUAACAUAUCAUUUUUUUGCCAAAGAGCCUUAUCUAGAUUUGAAAAAAAGUAGCUGGAAUCAUAUGUAUACAUUUUGUCUCUGUCUGUAUAUAUUUUUGUUACGUGCUUUUUCUGACGUGCCAUUGUGUUUAAUGUAAUGUAAAGUAUUUGAUGUGUUCAUGGAGAAUUCAGGACUUCCUGGGUUGCAAAGAAGAGUGCCUGUUAAUUAUGAAUCAAACAUACCAGUGAUUUUCAAUACCACUUUAAUUUUUUUUCUACAUCUCGUCUGAAAGCAUUUUUGAGUAUCAUGGCACUUUGAUUUUAUAAUUUCAAAGAAUAAUGUUUAUUAUUUAUACAACUGCCUAAUUUAAAAUCUCAAGAUCAUGAGGCAAUGGCAAAUAUGAUGUAUGAAGCUGUUGCAGUAUGCAGUAAUCACGUAUGAGGCAAUUAAAAAAGACGAGCCAGAAUCAUUUGUGAAUGUGACGAUUGUUGUUGAUUUUGUUUUUUGUCACAAGGGGGCAGUAUUGUUCAAAACACUACUCAGUCAGGGUUGCUAUUUAAUGAGAUUUUACAGAAAUCUUUUGUGAAAUAAAUCAUAAGUUUUCUAUAAAGCAAA